AUGACUUCCGACACUGCUGCAGCAUCACGGCCCGCUACUCGCGAGGAGAUGAGCGAGGCCCGUCUCCCUCUUGCUUACCGCGACAGCUGUGCCAACCUCCUCAUUCCUCUCAACAAGUGUCGCCGUGAUACUUGGUAUGCCCCGUGGAAGUGCGGAGACGAGCGUCACAGCUACGAAAAGUGUCAGUACGACGAGUUCAAGAAGCGCGUUGCCAAGAUGGAUGAGCUGAGGGAGUCCAAGGACGGCGCCAGGAGCAACUAG